CUGCUUUAGUAAUGGUUGUACUGGCCAUGAUUGACAUUUAAUCAGAAGUAUUUACAUAACCUUAAUCCAAGGUGACUUUAGUUACAAAGCUUUUCCGAUUCUUCAUCGCAAUAUCGCAAUGGACAGUUGAUCUUCUAGAAACUAACUCAAAACGAAUGGCUAAAAACGUUAAUUCGACACUGCAAAGGCAAAAUGUUUUUGUUACACAAUAUAGAGGUCCAGAAGAACAAAGCGAUUCCGUUUUUGUAAAUGAGCUCCUGUCGAGCGACAUAGAGACCGUUCGUUCGACUUUUGUGGUCAAAGAAGCAAGCGGGGCAUAUAAAGCUCGACAGGAGUUAUUAAUGAAACAAGACUAUGAAGCAAAGAUGUUGGCGUGUAAAACAAAAGAAAAAGAUUUAAGAAUACGGCAAAUGCAGAUAGAAGAAAAAGUAAAUAAGUUUGAUAAGUUUAUCAAAGAAACAGAAAUGAAGCGUCGACGUGCUUUAGAGAAACAUCAAGUUGAAAAACGACUCAAUGAAAUGAAAACGAGAGAAUUAAAAAUUCACAGCGAAGAAUUAGAAAAACUUCGACAAAAACUUCGACAAUUACAAAGAAAAGUUGAGAAGCUAUCCGUUUAUCAGAAAUAUUUGAUGAAGGUUGCACAGUUAUCUCCUGAAGAUUAUUUCGAUAGCACAAGUGAUUCAGUUUUGCUUGGAAUCAUGGCGCGGUAUAAUACUCUUUAUACCAUGCAAAAUUUUGUUUCUUUGGCGCAGAACGAAAAGAGCAAGGAGAUUGAAUCGUACCAACAUAUUAUUCAAAAUGCUAAACAGAAACACUAUCAAGAGAUAAUGGUGGACAACAACAAUAUAGCAAGACUUCAAAACCAGCUUGAAGAUCUUACACACAUCAACGCUCAUCUAGAACAUGUAUUACAAACAAACGAGAAUUUCUAUCGACAACAGCGAACUGUACUUGGCCAGGUGAAACUUGCUGUCCUUAAUCUCGCAGAGAAAUGCACGAAGAAGAACAAUGUAUCAUUGGUAGAUCUUGAUAUCUUUCAGAUGCUAACCAUAAUUGAAGAGUUUCUUCGUGAACAACAAGACAUUUUUACUAUGGCUCGUAACAUGCAAACAUCAGAAUUACUUGCUUCAAUGAAGCAGUCGGAGAAUAGUGAUGGUGAGAUAAGGUUGACAAAUCGAUGUAUGAUCAGAGCCUCUAUCAGCAGCGCAAUGAGUCCACCAUUUUAGUCCUGCUAAGUAUAAAUAUCGGAACUGAAAAUUAUUUAUUUAGAAAUGUGUUGUUUUUGAAGCAAUUUGAUCACAAGAAUAUUUUCACAUCAGGAAUAAAUUAAACAGGCUCGCUAUACGCUACUAAAUUAUAUAGCGUUUUAUAUUCGCGAUUCAACUUUAUGUGAAGGAGUAAAGGAAACAUGAAGUAUGUCGACUUUUUAAUAUGAAGCCUAAAAAAAGUUUUUUUUUAUUUCACCUAUAAAAAAAUUUAAACGUUUAA